AUGAAAUGGGUUUGUGGAAGUUUAGAUAUUGGAUAUGGUAUUACUUUAGAUAUGGAAAUAGUUUCAAAAUUUUUUGUUACUAUUUUGUCUACUGAUGGAAAUAUUCAACCAUUUAAAGAUUCCAUAUUUAAAAAGUAUCUGGAUUACAAAAGUUCUCUUGAACAAUAUAAUUUACUAGAUAUAUUGAAGGGUAGAGAUGAAUUGGAUUCAUCUUCUUCGGAAAACGAUAGACCUUUCGAUAGUUCCAAUCUGGAAAAGUUUUCCAUAACUAUGAAUGGUUUGGCAAAAAAUUUGGCAAGAGAUUCUAAAUCCGAGUCAUCAGAAAACUUUAAACGUUUGACAAAGAUUCUUGAGAUGGUUCAUUUACUCACAACAAUGACCAUUGAAAACAGGUCGCUUUUAAGUAAUAGAAUAUUCUCAAAAGUCUACGUUGAUAUUCACAAUUUAGUAAUUGAAUUUUUAAAGGAUAGCUUCAAGUCAAAAGAGUUCGAGACAAUUCAGUGGGAUGCUAUACUGGAUAAAUUGUCAGCAACACUUGUGAAUGAAAAGAAUUCAAGACAUGAUGGUGUUAUACUCACAUGGUCCUUGCUUGUACAGGAAUUAGUAUUGCCAUUAGUUAAAAAAGCUGUUGAAGGCUUGAAUAUCUCAAGAAACUCAUCAAAUGAUGAUGGCUUUAUGAUUGAUGAUACUCCUUCAUCAAAGAAUGAAGAGAAACCUAUUUGCAGAAGUCUUAUUAACAAUGGGCUUAAUUUUACUGGCUAUAUGCUCACAUACAACCCAAAUAUACAAACGAAGGCAGUUGAAGAGUUGAAUACUAUUUUCGAAUCUUCAACAGAGAUGUUUGUCAAGUUUGGUAUUUGUAACAUAUUGGCCAAAACUGGUAACUCUGCAAUGAUCACUAAUUGCCUUGAAAUUAUUCCUAGAUCUAUUGGAGAUAACAAGAGUUGGAGAAAUGUAAUGGAAAUAUUAUCCACAAUGGCAAACUUUAUAGAGGACACACAUGUGGCUCCUUUUUCAGAGUUAUUAAGCUCACUUUUGGACGUAUACGAAAAGGAUUUCUUCGAUAGAGAUUCAACUAUUUCUCUAGCAAGAGCAGUUGUUUCAGCCUCUAAAAUUUCUGAGAAAUUUAAAGAGUUGGAGACUUUCAAAAAAACUUGCAAAGAAUUCUUAUUUAGUGAUAAAUUUUUCCCUAGAUUAAUAAUGAGUGAAAGACUGUACGAUUGGGCUUCUGUUUCAAGUAUAGAUUCUUUGGUGGAUGAGUUAAUUGAAAUUCUCGAGCGUCCAACAGAUAAGCUCAAAAUAAGAACUUGCCUGCUUUCACUUAGCUUUACAACUGAUCCGACCCUUUCCAAGAAGAUUAUUUUACGAUUACUUUCAUGCUAUGCCAACGAGGAAUUUAAAGAAAAGGAGCUUGCUAAGGUGACUAUGUCUAAAAUAGCUGGUGGCGAUAUAUCAGGAUUUUUGAGAACCAACCUUAGAGAAAUAAUACUGGGUUGGGUUCAAAAAAAGACAGACUUUUCCUCAUUUCCUUAUGAAUUGUUUGGAGAAAAGUCUUUGGGGCCAUUUUUGAUUAAUAAUGCUUUUGACAUACUUCCUAUUCUGUUUACUCAAACUCAACUCAAAACUUUCGAAGGAAUCUGUUCCUGUAUUAACAUGGAUCUCAAGUCUAUUUUGAGAAAAUACUUUUGUUAUGUAUUCCCAUAUUGUCUGUCCAGAUGUUUUAGUGAUAGGUCAUUGAUCAAAUCUAUUAUUGAGGAAAAAAUAAGGGGAACCUUAGGAGCAGAAGUAGACACAUUAAUACGAAAGAAUAUCACAGACAUUUUACUAGAAACAUUAUUUUUGUUGUCGGAAAAACCAGAUAAUGUACUUACAUUUGGAAAAGAUAUGAUUUUCAAAACAUUGUCUGAUCUUUCUAAGAAUGCAGAAAAAAAAGACGUAGAAAAACUUUUAAACCAAGAUUUACACAAAACUCUAAAUAUGAUUACCAAUAUUUUCGAAUUACUUUCUAAAAAGAAGAAUGAGAGCAGUAGAAGUUUUUAUAUUUUCAAGACAUUUGUUCUUGAAGUAAUGGGAUCCAACUUGCAAGUACCUAUACUUUUGAGAAGUGUUAUUACAGUAGCACUGUUUUGUACUUCGUAUUGUGAGCUGUUCGAGCCAAGUUGUUCUUUAAUAUUCGAAAUUUGCUCGAGAAUUUUGGAUGCAAAUAAUUCCGUAGCGUUGACAGAAUUACAAUUAACUUAUCCUAAAAUAAGAAACCGAUUGAUUGAAAUAGUUUCCAAAGGAACUGGAUCACCAACACCAAUGAAAACAUUAAUGCUUUUGGUUUCUUCUCCAUCAAUGGUACCAGCUGUUGCAAAGACUGAACCGUUUCCUAGUCAAGAAAUUUUCAAGGAACUGAAUGUAUGUCAACAGAAAAUUCAAGGAACAGAAAAUUUCUUCACUCAAAUUGGAAACAUUUUGGCAAGCGAAAAUUUAUCUACAUUCAGCUUUACCUAUGUUUCCAGGUUAAUCAAAACCCAUAGACUCUCACUCAUGAACGUUCUAGCCCAACAAGACAAGAAAGCCUCAAUUUUGGAGGAGUAUUUCAACAAAUUAAUUUCCAAACUAAUUGGAGCUUGCUCAACAGAGAGUACAGACGAAUGGAAAGAGCUAGCAACAGUGGCUUUAGGAAAUCUUGGUCUUGUACAAAAUAUUGAGACUUCAAAGUUAAUCGACAAAUCAUUUAUUGAUGAGAUAGACAAUGAUCCAAAUGUUACAAACAAAUCUUCAUCAUGGCUCUCUGAAAUAAUCAAACAGUCAAAAGCUAGAAUACUCCUUACUCUGAACGGAUAUAUUUGUGAAAAUAACGUUGAAGUAGUCAAACUGGCAUUGAAAACCCUACACCACAUUCUUAUUUCUUCUAAAAGUAGUAUGGAAAAAAUUCCAAAUGACAAGAAGCAUUACUUUGACCCUUUUGUAAAUGCUGAUCCAAACUAUGUAUAUAUUCCACACAUAGCAACUGGACCAAUAGAAACAGAUGUUACUCUUGUUGCUGAUAAUUCCAAAGAGAUUUUUGACACCAAUGACAAGUCUCAUGAGCAGUGGUUAUCCCAAGUCAUUGAGCUUGUUCUAACCAAAACUGCAGAUCCUGUACUUGGUCUGUGCAGAGAUAUAUGUAAAAAGAAAGUCAAAUUUGCAGAGAUGAUUUUCAUCUUAUCUUUGUUAGAUUUUGCGACUGGAGCUCAAUCUAACAAACUUAACAAAGAGUUCUCUCCUUUGAUAGAAUCAGUUCUGGUCAAUGAAAAUACCAAAUCUGAAACUAUCAAACUUAUAGUAAUGGCUCUAGAUUUAUUACACAGACACUAUAGAUUCAUGGUAAAUCAGAAGCAAAUCAAAUCUAAAACAACAGUAUCCAACUGCUUUUUUAAUAUUCCUUAUUCAACUAUUGCAAAGGCAGCAGCAAGGGCAGGAAUUACAUUUUCUUCUUUGAUGUUUUCAGAAUUAUCAUUUGAAAAAGAUAAUCUAUUGUCAUUCAUGGAUCAGUUGCCUAUUGAAUUCGAAGAAUCGGCCAAUGAUAGUCAAAAAUUAUUGCUUUCAAUUUACAAAUCUAUAGAUGAUCCUGAUUGUAUUUAUGGAGCUACCAAAAGUUAUGGAGUGCAAUCAAAAAUUUUGUUGGGUGAGAAGGAAGGUGAUUGGACAAACACCUUAGGUCUUUAUGAUACUUCCGUAUUGGAAAAAUCUACCUCUGUGAUUGGUGUUUUAGAUUCAUUGAAAAAUAUGGGACUUGAUAGAGUAUCAUCAUUAAUUUUAAAGAGCAUUCAAUCAGAUGCAUUGGAUAACCCUCAAGUCAGAGAACAAUUUUUCGAAAAUCGUUGGAAAACAUUAACUAUUGAUAAUUUGGAAAGAUAUUCUUCACAUUCAAGUAAUAUAACUGGAUUCAAUGAAACAGUUUUCAAUUCUCUUUAUGCUUUGGUAAAAGGUGAUUCUGCACUCUUCAAAGAAACAUUAUCAAACCAUAGAAAAUAUAUUUCAAACAUUAUCAGUGUAGGAAAUGCUCAAUCAAAUUUGGCCAAAUUACAAGUCCUUUCAGAAUUAGAAAUAGCAUGGUCCCUGAAGUGGACAGAAAUUGGAAAUGUUGCACUCAAGGAAAAUGAUAUUAUUGAUAACAAUUUGGGUUUGUUCAUGGGAACUAAUGGAAUUAAGAAUGAUUCUUUCACUGAAGUUGAAACCUUGGUAAACUUUAGAGCUUCUCUUUUACGUGCCUUGAAGAAAAAUGAACUGGCCAUCAAGCAUGAAAGUGAAUUUAUUUCAAUUGCAAGAAAGGAAGGCCAAUUUACAUUGGCCACUAAUUUAGCAAAUAGAUUAUCAGUACAAAUGCAAAGUGGAAGUACACCUCCAUCAAUUUUAGAAGAAGCCAAGAUUUUAUGGAGUUCAGGCGACACUUCUGGGGCUAUUCACAUUCUCAGAUUUUUAAUUCAACAAUUGGAAAAGAGAAAACAACAUGAUUCUCCACUCUACUUCAAGGCAUGCUAUUUGUUGGGUAAAUGGUUAGGAGAUAGCAAAACUGACUCUUAUGAAAAUAUUAUACGAUUUUUACAAUUUUCUAAAGAGAAGGCUUCAAGCAAGGCAAAAGCCUGCUUCCAAAUGGGAAAGUAUAUUGACUCUCUCUAUCAAAAUAUUGUCAGAAAGCAAAAUAGUGAAGACAGCAAAUCAUAUAGAGAAUUAUUGGAGAAAAACAAAGAACUCUACCAACAAUAUGCCCAAAAGAGAAAGGAAUUAAAUGACAAGGACGUAACUUCGGAUUUUAGGAGCAAGAUGAACCACUUGCAAAAGAUUACAGAUUUGGAUCAAAAAGAACAGGUUUUAAUUCAAAGUAGACAAGAGGAAUUUAGAACUCUUGUUCUUGAAAAUUAUUUGCUGGCCUCUUCCACUAAUGAUAAUUAUGAUUUUGUGACAAUACCAAGAAUUUUGAAUAUUUGGUUUUCAAAUUCCACAAAUGAGAAAGUCAACCAAUCUGUUUAUCAAAUGACUGUUAAAGGACCAGUUCCCUCCCAUAAGUUUAUCCCUCUCUUUUAUCAAAUAGCUUCCAGAAUGGGUUAUUUUGCUGAAGAGUGUCUUUUCAAUAAUGUUGUCAUGCAUCUAUUAUUCAAAAUAGCAAAGGAACACCCAUAUCAUACAUUACCUCUCAUUCUUCAAAUUAGAAAUGCUGACCAAUCCUCCAAGACUACCUCAGCCAAAGCAUCAUACAAGCCAGAUCCAAAUAAGAUAAAGGCUGCCAAUACUCUAAUUGACAAGUUGAAGAAAGAAAACAAGCAAUUAAUUGAAAGUUAUGCCACUCUUAUGGAUGCCUAUAUUCAGCUUGCCUUCCUCCAACUUAGUGAAGAACAAAAGAGAGAGCAAUCAACCCCUAAGAAACUAAGUUCUCAGCUCUUAAUAACCAAUAUCAAGAGACCUGUAAUUCCUAUUCUUACUGCUGAUGUUCCAAUUUGUGCACAUGAUGCAUAUAAUCUCAAAGACAUACCAUUUAUUGAGAACUUUUCCCAAAACUUUAGUCUUGCUGGAGGUAUUAACUUACCAAAGAUUAUUUCAUGUGUAGCUUCCAAUGGCCAAGUUUAUAGGCAAUUAGUGAAAGGUAAUGAUGAUAUGAGACAAGAUCACGUUAUUGAACAACUCUUUGCGAUUGCCAAUAGUUUACUCAAAAAGGAUAAGGAAACAAGAAGAAGAAAAUUGUUGAUAAGAACUUACAAAGUAAUUCCAACCUCACCAACAAGCGGUAUUUUAGGAUUUGUUGAAAAUACUCAACCUAUGGCAACACUUUUAAUUGGAAACAAUGAGCAAGAUUAUCCUCAAAGUUUGCACGGAAAAUACAGACCUCAAGAUAAGACAAAUAGUGAAGUGAGAAGAACAAUGUUUGGUCUGGAGAAGAAAGCAGACGCUGCCACAAGAAUCAACAACUUUGUAGAGAUUUGCAAUAACUUUAAACCAGCUUUCCAUCACUUUUUCCUUUCCCAAUUUCCAAAUCCUUCUGAUUGGUUCGAAAAGAGACAAGCCUACACAAAAUCCGUUGCAUCUAUUAGUAUGCUCGGUUAUGUCAUUGGUUUGGGAGAUAGACACUUGAAUAAUAUUCUUAUCGAUCAGUCUACAGGAGAGGCUGUUCAUAUUGAUUUGGGUAUUUGCUUUGAGCAAGGAAAAUAUUUACCAAUUCCUGAGCUUGUUCCUUUCAGAUUGACUAGAGAUGUUAUUGAUGGAUUUGGAGUUUCAGGUAUUGAGGGUACUUUUAAGAAUUGUUGUUAUGCUACCAUGACAGUUCUCAGAAAUAAUGUUGAAGCUCUUUCAUUAGUGAUUGAAGUAUUCUUGCACGAUCCUUUGUAUAGAUGGGCUCUUUCUCCAUUGGAAGGUUAUGCAGUUCAGAAGUCUAAAAAAACCUCCUAUGUUGUCGAAUCAUCCUCCUCAACCACCAAAAACAAUAGAGAUGCUGAGAGAGCUCUUAUAAGAUUGAAAGAAAAAUUACUUGGUCAAGAGGAUGGAGAACUUUUAGGUGUAAAAGGUCAAGUUAACAAACUCAUAAGUGAAGCAACAGCAAUUGACAAGCUUGGUGUCAUGUUUUCUGGUUGGUCACCUUUCUUGUAAGAUAUCCAAAGUUGAUAAAUAUUUUAUUAUUU